AAUCUCGGAAUUCCUUGUUCGUAUUUGCCAUCUCCGUCUCUGAGCAGACUGCAACUUCUCGAAUUCUGACCCACUCUUUGAAUCACACUUGUAGAACAAGUCUCAUAUUCUUAGGAGAUUGUCCUCGGCUCAAGGGUUCUAGGGUUUGCAUUCGUUUGAUUCGUCGUCUUUGGUAUCGCGACAAUGGCAGAGAAGAAGGACGAGGGGCGAGAGACCCAGUUCGCGUUCGAGGGCGAGGAAGAGAACGGUGAUUUGGAAGAGAACGCAAAGUCGGACAGCAGCAGUGAUAGUGGUCGCAGCAAUGACGACGGAGAUCUCGAAGAAGACGAUGCUUUCACUUCCGAAAUUCAAUGGCCGCAGAGCUACAAGGAAACAACUGAUUCUUACACCAUUGCUGCCUCGCCGAUCUUCGGGUCCCUAAAGAGUUUCUCAAGUUUCCAUAGAAACAGCAAGAGUAGUUUGGAUCUUGACACAAAAUCUCCUUUGCUCCCGGAGAAUACUGAAGAUGUGGACAGAAUCUCAGUUACACAAUCUGCUUGGUCGCAUAAAGGUUCUUUCGCAGAAGAGUUACCUAUUGGUCGUGGAUGCAGCUUCACGCAAACAAUUUUUAAUGGGGUAAAUGUAAUGGCUGGAGUUGGGCUACUUUCAACACCUUUCACGGUGAAAGAAGCUGGAUGGGCAAGUAUGUUCAUCCUUGUCUUAUUUGCCGUCAUAUGUUGUUACACUGCUUCUCUAAUGAGAGACUGUUUCGAGAGUAAAAGCGGCAUAGUUACGUACCCUGACAUUGGAGAAGCUGCUUUCGGGAAAUAUGGACGCAUUCUGAUAUGUGUGCUACUGUACACGGAGCUGUAUUCAUAUUGUGUCGAAUUCAUCAUUCUGGAGGGGGAUAACCUUGCCGGUCUAUUCCCCGGUACAUCCUUGAACUGGAUCGGUAUCCAUCUCGACUCCACACAUUUGUUUGGAAUCUUAACUGCUCUCAUUGUUCUGCCAAGUGUUUGGUUGAGGGAUCUUCGCAUCAUCUCGUAUCUUUCAGCUGGUGGGGUUUUCGCCACACUUUUGAUUGCUUUAAGCACGUUUUUCCUCGGUACGACCGGUGGAAUUGGAUUUCAUCAUACCGGCGAGCUUGUAAAGUGGAGCGGCCUUCCAUUUGCCAUCGGUGUCUAUGGGUUCUGCUAUUCUGGCCAUUCCGUGUUUCCGAAUAUAUACCAAUCCAUGGCUGAUAAAACCCAGUUCACAAAAGCAUUGAUAACAUGUUUUCUUUUAUGUGUUGUGAUAUACGGAGGAGUUGCAGUGAUGGGGUAUCUCAUGUUUGGUGAAGCUACAUUGUCUCAGAUAACACUGAACAUGCCAAAGGACGCGUUUGCUUCACAAGUAGCACAAUGGACAACUGUCAUCAACCCGUUCACAAAAUACGCGUUGUUGAUGAAUCCAUUGGCCAGGAGUAUAGAAGAACUUCUACCAGCUAGGAUCUCGGACAGUAUCUGGUGCUUCGUCCUGCUAAGAACAGCACUUGUCGCAUCUUCUGUUUGUGUGGCUUUUCUUCUACCCUUUUUCGGACUUGUGAUGGCACUGAUAGGAUCUCUUCUCAGUAUACUAGUGGCGAUAGUAAUGCCAGCUCUGUGUUUCAUGAAGAUAGUUGGGAACAGAGCCACAAGAACACAGAUUGUGCUGAGUUCAGCAAUUGUGGCGAUUGGCGUCGUGAGUGCCAUCUUGGGGACGUACUCUUCGGUGGCAAAAAUCAUCAACAACUAUUAAUCACACGAAGGGCCUUUCCUCGCUUAUAUACGAUGCAUGAUUAUUAUAUAGAUUUAAAUGCUUUGAUAAACCAAAUUUCUAUGUUUACAUGGUUUGUUUUAUCUUGUUCUCGUUUUAUUUUUUGGCUUCUAGGAUUGUGCCCUGCUUUUGC